CUCGAGUGCCCCUGUUUCUCCGCAGGACACCACCACUCCGGUGAAUCGGCUGAAUCACUGCUGCGAUAUAUCAAACCCGCCGGAGCCGAGGAGGAGAGUCGGAGGUGAUCUCCUCGAGGUGCGACUUAGGGAAGCCAUCCUCGCCCUCUCUCCAGUUGUGAAGUUACUGCCUCGCCAUGGCAUCCGGGCAGGAUCAAGACCGCCCCUCUUUCGCAUCGGGGACAAACCCCGACUACGACUUGACUACGCCAAUCGACCCUCACGGAGUCGGUCUGCGACAGAAGCUGACCUCGUAUGGCGACGCCCAUUUCUCGCUUUUCAUGCGCAAGCUCUUCAUCAAGGCCAUGGGCUACAGCGAGGAUGCCCUUUGUCGACCAAUCGUGGGCGUCAUCAACACGUACUCAAGCUUCAACCCCUGCCAUGCCAACAUCCCCCAGCUCAUCGAUGCAGUGAAACGGGGCGUCCAGUUGAAUGGGGGGCUUGCCAUCGACUUCCCGACCAUAAGCCUGCACGAGUCCUUUGCUGCUCCUACGAGCAUGUACUUGAGGAACCUGAUGAGCAUGGACACCGAGGAGAUGAUCCAGGCUCAGCCGGUCGACUCGGUCGUCUUGAUAGGGGGUGAGGCACGCCCCCGUUUCCUCAUCGAGACUCGCGCCGUGUCCACGCAGUUCAACCUCAACGGACUAUUAAUCAUUCUGACCGGAGUCUGAUAUUAGGCUGUGAUAAGACGACGCCAGCCCAACUCAUGGGCGGCAUCUCGGCGAACAAGCCCAUCAUCCAUCUCGUGACUGGUCCCAUGAUGCCAGGGAGUUUCCGCGGUGCGAGGGUUGGGGCCUGCACGGAUUGCCGCAACAACUGGGCCAAGUUCCGAGCCGGCGCCAUGGAUAUCGAGGACAUAUCGGCCCUCAACGAAGAGCUGGCACCGACGGUGAGUAAUUAACCUUACCACCUCGCGCUUCAGC